AUGGCCGCCACCGCAAAACGCCCGGAGAUCAUCGAGAUCGCACGUGGCCUCAAGAACAUCCCGAUGUGCGAGGACUACGAGAAGAUGAUUUCCGGAAUGAUGUACAACCCCCUCCUCCCGAUCCUUAACGAGGCGCGCCAUCGCUGCCGCGGCCUGGCGACAGACUACAACAACCUCGACACAAAGAAAAUCUCCGCCGAAGAUAUCGCCGAUAGGCGCAUGGAGCUGCUCCGUGAGCUUGUCGGGAAAGUCGGCGAGGGCACCUUUAUCGAGCCGCCGUUCAUGCCGGACUACGGGUGUAACAUUUCAAUUGGAAAGGAGUGUUUCGUGAACUUCAACUUCACGGCCCUCGACACAAGCCUAAUCGUCAUUGGCGACCGCGUGCAAUUCGGCCCGAACGUCUCGAUCUACACAGCAGGUCACGACACGAGUAUCCUGUCUCGCCGGAAAUUCGUCGAGUUCGGCCACCCCGUCAUCAUCGGCGAUGACUGCUGGAUUGGUGGGAAUGUCAUCAUACUCCCCGGCGUGACGAUCGGCGAGGGUUGCACGAUUGGAGCGGGAUCCGUCGUCACCAAGGAUAUCCCGCCUUUCUCGGUUGCUGUUGGGAGCCCGUGCAGAGUGCGCAAGACGAUUCAGAGCGCCGAGGAGGAGAUGAAUGAUCCUGAGAAUCAGUAUAGGAACUUGCCGGACAAGGGUCCUGGUGCUUAG